AUGGACACUCCGAGAGAUCGUCUUAUUCUGCAAAGCGAUUGGGAUCAGGUUUUGAGAGAAAGAAAUGGAAAUGCUUGGAUUGCUUUUAAAAGUGCAGCACCACCUAGUGAUUAUUCAGAGUUAAACAGUCAUGGAUUAUCCCCCGAUGGACUCCUAUAUCUCACGGCAAAAGAUGAACGGUUUGCUGUAUCUGACAUCAGACGUAAAAGUUUGGUAAUUUCAUACAAUGGAGAGCAUGCAUCUCUGUCCAGAAAAUUUGUCGCUCCAGUGAUAACAUUUUCAACAAUCCAUACACCAAAGAAGCAGGUGACAUGUGUUGACACAACUGAAGGAGGCCUGGGCGUCUCUUCUGACUCUGAAGGGAAUUUGAAACUCUGGCAAACUAAUACAGGAGAAGUCAGGCGACAGUUUGUAGGUCAUGUGGGAGAUGUUUACACAUGCCGGUUCUUUCCGUCGGGAAUUGUUGUUUUAUCAGCUGGUGCUGAUAUGAUGGUUAAAAUUUGGUCAGCGGAAACUGGCCAGUGUGCAACUACUAUAACAGGACACAAGGCAGCCAUUCUAGACACAGCUAUUGUGGACAGAGGGAGGAAUAUUAUUACCUGCAGCCGCGAUGGAACAGCGAAGUUGUGGGAUGUUGGGAAACAGGAAUGUCUUUUCACCUUUGAGAAUAUAGGAGGGAUUGUCAAUUCAUGUUCUCUUGGAGUGCCUGAGAAUUCAGUUGAUCUUGGUGCAACUAAUCGAUCGAAAAGUGACAGAGAGAUAGCUACAGAAGGGAAAAUGCUUCUCUUGGGCUGUGAGAAUGGUUCGCUCCAUGGUUUUGGUUUAGAAUCUCGAGACAAGAUAUUCAGCUUUUCUUGUGAAUCAGCUGUCAACACGUGUGAAUUUAUCUCUGAUGUGCACUGUGUGUGUGGCUCACAGGAAGGAUACAUCUACAUUUUGGAUUUGAGAAACACCAACACACCAGUAGCAGCUUGGAAAGAAUCUCGGGGACCUAUUCUGUCUCUGCUGCCUCACAAAGGUGGAUUUUUUGCAUCGACAGGUGAUGGCUCAUGCUUUAAUGUGAAUGAACAUUUUGAGACAAGAGUUGAGCUGACGGGAUCAGACUGUGAUCCAGUCUACAAAAUCUGUACUGACAGAACAAAUAUCUACACAUCAUGUCGAGAUGGCACAAUUAGAAAAUACAACCUUAAUCAUAUUUAA